AUGACCACCACCUGGAUCCGCCUCAGCCUCUACGGCGGCGACGAGACGACAAAUACGUUCCUCAUCCCCACGCUGAACAUCUCAACCUACUCCGACCUGACCAAGGCCAUCCACUCCAUCUUCCGCAUCUCGGCGGAAGCCUUCCCGUCCUUCGACGUGCACACGGAAAACGACUCCGAGUGCGACAACGAAGCUGUCUUCCUGCUCUCCCCGCACCUAUGGGACCUCGGCCUCUACUUCUCGCACGCGCCAGAGAAGGCCGUCGAGGUCUUUGUGCACUUCAAGCCGCCUUCUGCUGCGCCAGUGCAGGAGAAGGAGGAGGAGCAGCCGGCUGUCGGUUCGCCGAUCAAGUCCCGCGCCGCAAGCCCGAAGGACGAGCAGCACCAGCACCAGGAGUGGUCACAGGACGAGAUCGACGCCGCAGAGGCGCUGCUGGCGCUGAGCCGGGCGCAGCCUCAGCCAGCGCCACAGCUGUCCCCAGUGCCGCAGCACCCACAGAACAGCAAACGGGCCCGCAACAACAGCAACAGCAGCAGCGACAGCAGCUCGUCGGGCAGCUCGCCCAUCGUCCGCAAGCGCCCGCGUGCCCGUUCUCUUGCCGGUGCCCCUCCCACGCGCCAUGAGCCAUCCUCCUCCAGCUCGGCGCCGCUCUCCAGCGUCCCCUCCAGCGUCCUGUCCAGCCCGCCCGCAGACGACGUGCUGGACGCGCAGGCGGUGGACCUUCAGCAGCAGCAGCAGCAGCAGCAGCAGCAGCAGCAGCGCGAACUAGACUCCCCCGUGGCAGUGCAGCAGCAGGACCAGGAAGAGGAGCAGCAGGGUACCCCGCCAGCACCACCAGCGCCGCAGACCGUCACCCUCCACCUCCGCUACCUCAACCGCAUGACGCGCUCGCACGGCGCGACGGUGCCGGACCUGGUCCUGCGCGCGGUGCCGGCAGCGCGGCGGCUGGCGGACAUGGAAGACGUGGUGAAGAAUCAUGCGUGCGAGGCGUUUCUUUUGCUGACGAUGGGCGCGGGCGAGGGUGGUGGUGGCAGCAGCGGGCGCGGUCGCCGCCGGCAGAAGCAGAAGCUCACACAGAGGCAGGGUUUGGAGCUUGUGGAGUGUCUUGCGGUUAGGGUGGUGUUGGAUGGAUUCACUGGUGAUGCGUUGAGGGAGAGGAAGACGGUGGGGGAGUAUGCGGUUGGGGAGGAGGGGGAGGAGGGGGAAGAAAAGGUGGUGAGGGGGACGGUGGAGAUGUGGAGGGAGGAGCAUAUUGCGAUGGAGGUGUUGAGGAGGGAGUCGCCGACGGGGGAUGGGGAGUAG